AUGGAAGCAGCUGCAGAUCGUCAGGACACAGCUUCCUUGGCCCCGAAGUUUGAGUUUAACCCCAAACUGGGCAUUGAUAAUCCUGUGCUCUCCCUGGCUGAAGACCACGAGCCCUCUGAUCUCUGGAGCCUGGAACGACCUCGCUUCUAUCUGCUGAACAGAGAGGAGGGCAGGAGUUUUGGCUUCCACUUGCAGCAGCAGCGGGGCAGGGCUGGGCAUGUGGUGUGCAGGGUGGAGCCAGGCACCUCUGCCCAGCGCCAGGGUCUUCGGGAAGGAGACUGGAUCCUGGGGGUGAACAACCAUGUCGUGGAACAUGAAGACUAUUCAGUGGUGAUACGCCGCAUCCGGGCCAGCGGUCCUCGGGUAUUGCUGACGGUUUUGGCGCAGCACGUGCAUGAGGUGGCCCGAGCUCAGUGGGGGAACGAUGCCCACCUCUGUCCCACUCUCGGCCGAGGGGUCCGGCCUCGGCUGUGCCACAUAGUGAAAGACGAGGGUGGCUUUGGCUUCAGUAUCACCCAAGGACAUCAGGGUCCUUUCUGGUUGGUGCUGAGCACUGGAGGGGCAGCUGAGCGGGCAGGAGUGCCCCCUGGGGCCCGGCUGCUGGAAGUGAAUGGGGUCAGCGUGGAGAAGUUCACGCACAGCCAACUCAGCAAGAAGCUUUGGCAGAGUGGCAAGCAGGUGACCCUGCUGGUGGCAGGGCCAGAGGUGGAGGAACGGUGUCGCCAGCUGGGAAUGCCCCUGGCUGCACCCCUGGCAGAGGGCUGGGCACUGCCCAGCAAGCCCCGCUGUCUGCAUCUAGAGAAAGGACCCCAGGGCUUCGGGUUCAUGCUCCGAGAGGGGAAGGGCCUUGACGGUCGGCCUGGUCAGUUCCUGUGGGAGGUGGACCCAGGACUGCCAGCGGAGAAGGCCGGGAUGCAGGCUGGGGACCGGCUGGUGGCUGUGGCUGGGGAGAGCGUGGAAGGGCUGGGCCAUGAAGAGACAGUGUCCAAGAUCCGGGCACAGGGCUCCUGCGUCUCGCUCAUUGUCGUCAACCCCGAGGCUGACCGCUUCUUCAACAUGGUUCGCUUGUCCCCCCUUCUCUUCUUGGAGAGCACAGAGGCUCCUGACUCUCCCCAGGAUACCGGCUCAGCCUCUCUGGUUGAGACCAAGGACCCACCAGUUGAAGACACAACCGUCCCACGCGGCUUCCGCCAGUGCUUCCUGUACCCUGGGCCCGGUGGUGGCUAUGGCUUCCGACUCAGCUGUGUGGCCAAUGGGCCUCAUCUCUUCAUCUCCCAGGUGACCCUAGGAGGCUCAGCUGCCCAGGCAGGACUGCAAAUGGGAGAUGUGAUUCUGGAGGUGAACGGGUAUCCCAUGGGCGGAGAGAAUGACCUGGAAAGACUUCAGCAGCUGGCUGAGGCGGAGCCACCCCUAUGCCUGAAGCUGGCGGCCAGAUCUCAGCAGGGCUUGGAAGCCUGGAUUCCCCCAGGGUCUGGAGAGGACUGGGCUGUAGCCUCAGAUCUACUGUAG